GUUCUAAGUUUCAACUUUCAGAGCGCCUCUCGCUGUAAUCAGUAUCUACACACUCCAUUUAUCAAUCAAAAGAAAAAUAAAUACACAAAUACAGCAAGUCAAAAUCAUUGUAAAAGAAUGGCAGCGGUGGAAUUGCAAUUGCCUCCUGGAUUCCGAUUCCAUCCGACUGAUGAAGAGCUUGUGAUGCACUACCUAUGUCGAAAAUGUGCGUCGCAGCCGAUUGCUGUCCCGAUUAUUGCUGAAAUUGACCUGUACAAGUACGACCCAUGGGAUCUUCCAGGUUUGGCGUUAUACGGGGAGAAAGAGUGGUAUUUCUUUUCACCGCGAGAUCGGAAAUAUCCGAACGGUUCACGGCCGAAUCGAGCUGCGGGAAAUGGAUAUUGGAAGGCGACGGGUGCAGAUAAGCCGAUUGGUCAUCCGAAGCCUGUCGGAAUUAAGAAAGCUCUGGUAUUUUACGCAGGCAAAGCUCCAAAAGGAGAAAAGACGAAUUGGAUUAUGCACGAAUAUCGGCUUGCUCAUGUUGAUCGAUCUGCUCGUAACAAGAACAAUAGCUUAAGGCUAGACGAUUGGGUUUUAUGCCGAAUAUACAAUAAGAAGGGUACGAUGGAGAAGAACCAAUUGAAUAGUCGAAAAAUGAAUGUCGGAAUGUCGCCGCCGGCGAGCGAGGUGGACGUGAAGCCAGAGAUUCUGCCGUUGCCGAUCUCGACAAGGCCGUCGCAGGUUUACAGUGACUUUAUAUACUUCGAUUCAUCAGAUUCUCUGCCGAAGCUUCACACUGAUUCCAGCUGCUCGGAGCAGGUGCUGUCGUCGGAGUUCACGUGUGAGAGAGAAGUUCAGAGCGAGCCGAAAUUGAGCGAUUGGGAGAAAACUGCCCUGGACCUUCAAUUUAAUUACAUGGAUGCCAUCCCGGACGUCGGAGAUAACGGCUUGCUAGGUUCUCAGUUCCAGGGCUGUUAUGAAAUGUCGCCGCUUCAGGAUAUAUUCAUGUACCUGCAAAAGCCGUUUUGAGCAAGAAAAUGGACCCCACUUUGAGUUUCCGUCGCACGUGCAAAAGAGACCAAGGUCAAAUGAUCAAUGACUGGGCAUGUGCGGAUGUUUGUAGAAGUAGGUGUAGUUUCUGUGCUUUCACAUUGGCGAUUGCGUAAAAGAAAAAAUUGGUGUAUAUAUUCAAUUUAAACGAAGAAAAAUAGAAAAGAAGUCGAAAAUGGUAUUUUUAUUAUAGUUAGUACAUAAACAUGAAAUUUUUGGAUGGUAUCUUGACCUUUUA